UCCAGAUCCCUCUGCUGUUCUGAUGCCGUUUCUGUCUCAUGAUGACUGCUGCAGUACUUUUCCUUUUCUUCCGCACAUCAUUUCAACUUUUCCAACAAUGAGACUCAUGGGCGGACUGUGCCACCCCCGCGGCUCCAGACAUCGACCACAGUGGGGGAGAUAAACCAGGCAGGAAGUGGAGGACAUGGGUCUUCUUUAAAUCACCUGCUGUGUCAAUCAAGCCAUGGAUCCAUGCCAUUACAAAUCCCUCUGAUUUCACUGAGAGAGCUGACUCAGAACAAAGAUGACAGACAGGGGGGUCUUCACUACGCCCAAAGUAGCCUCCCGUCCACCGCCAUCCGCCGUUCUUCCCCCUGAGCCCAUCGACAUCAUCCGUAAUAAAGCCCGCUCCAAAAGGGUCCGACUCAAUGUGGGGGGCCUCACACAUGAAGUGCUAUGGAGAACAUUGGACCGACUGCCCAGAACUCGCCUCGGCCGCUUGAGAGACUGCAACACCCACGAAUCUCUGCUGGAAAUGUGCGAUGACUACAGCCUGAUGGAGAAUGAAUACUUCUUUGAUCGACAUCCUAUGGCCUUCUCCUCCAUCCUCAACUUCUACAGGACAGGGAAGCUGCACAUGAUGGAGGAGAUGUGCGCUCUGUCAUUUGGUCAGGAGCUGGACUACUGGGGCAUCGAUGAGAUCUACCUGGAGUCUUGCUGUCAGGCACGAUACCAUCAGAAGAAGGAGCAGAUGAAUGAGGAGCUGAGGCGGGAGGCAGAGACACUGAGAGAGAAGGAUGGAGAAGAGGAGGAGGAUCGCGGUUGCUGUCCCGACAGGAGACAGCAGUUGUGGGAUUUGCUGGAGAAACCCAGCUCAUCAGUGGCUGCCAAGAUAUUGGCCAUGAUCUCCAUUCUGUUCAUCAUCAUUUCCACCAUCUCGUUGUCCCUCAACACUCUGCCUGAGCUGCAGGUUGUGGAUGAGUUUGGUCAGUUUAAUGACAACCCCAGCCUUGCUCAUGUCGAAGCCGUUUGCAUCGCCUGGUUCACUAUGGAGUACGUGCUACGCCUCCUCUCUGCACCCAACAAAUGGAAUUUUAUCAAAGCACCACUAAAUAUCAUCGAUUUGUUGGCUAUUUUGCCUUACUAUGUUACGCUAUGCCUGACUGAAUCCAACAAAAACGUGAUGCAGUUCCAGAACGUGCGGCGUGUUGUCCAGAUCUUCAGAAUCAUGAGGAUUCUUAGAAUUUUGAAAUUAGCCAGGCAUUCUACUGGACUUCAGUCUCUCGGCUUCACUUUGAGAAGAAGCUACAACGAGUUGGGCCUUCUCAUUCUCUUCCUAGCGAUGGGCAUUAUGAUAUUUUCCAGUCUGGUAUUUUUUGCAGAGAAAGACGAGGAAUUCACAAAAUUUACCAGUAUUCCUGCUUCAUUUUGGUGGGCUACAAUCACAAUGACCACCGUCGGUUAUGGGGACAUUUACCCACAAACACUUUUGGGAAAGAUUGUCGGUGGCCUCUGCUGCAUAGCAGGGGUGCUGGUCAUUGCGCUUCCUAUCCCAAUCAUUGUCAAUAACUUCUCCGAGUUUUACCGUGAGCAAAAGCGGCAGGAGAAGGCCAUCAAGAGAAGAGAAGCGCUUGAAAGAGCGAAGAAGAGUGGAAGCAUCAUUUCUUUAAAUCUAAAAGAUGCUUUCGCCCGAAGCAUGGAGCUUACUGAUGUCUUGGUUGAAAAGCGAGAAGAUGGCAAAUGUCCUUUGGACAACAAUCUAUCCCCCAGCCGCUGGAGCUACCACAAGCAAUACUCCAAUACGGAACCCAGAAGUCCUGGUCAGUCCCAGCAUUCUCAUUAUCAGGAGGUAGCACAGCUGGGUUCGCCGGAUCGAUACAAGCCGACAACUAUCAGUGAAAACCCUGAACAUUUAAGACAAACAAAACCACUGGAUGAAACUUUGAACAAGACAUUGCCAGUGCAGGUCCAACCCGAGACACUACAGAGAAACAUGGACAUGCCCUUCACGCAGGACUCUGACGGCAGUGUUUCUAAGAAACUAUGCAAAGCUUCCGACAGUAUUUCAGGGGGGAAAGAAGAAGGCUGUUCCUUCCCUUCCAAUGUAGGAGGGGGGCUCAUGAGUCUGAGACACUUGCGUGCCCCCCCUCCCUUGGAUCUCAGUCAGAUCAGUACCCUGGAAGCUACCAAAACCCCUGAAAGCCACCAGGAGAUGACAAUUAUCAAAGAAGGUCUUUACGAGUUUGUAUCCAGUCCUCAAGGUGACAGUAACCCAGACAGAAGCUCGGACAACUUAAGGGACAAGUAUGAGUCUGUUUCAGGUUCAUUAAGGCAUUAUACCAGCCCUCAAAGUCUAAGAACCAUGAAGGUCAACCUCAUUGAAUCCCAGGAUGAUGUACUAAUGGCUGUGAUGACACCUGUCUCAGCCACAACCCGGUCUGGCUCAGCCAACUCUCCCCAGCCACUGUCUGAUGAGUUUGUUUCUAGGUCUCCCCUGUGUGCCAGCUCGACAGUACAGGAGGCUAAGUCUCCCCUGGCACAUCUUCAAUCGCAAUCCUCCGUACUGCAAUCUGUCAGUUUGAGUAAUUCUAGGGGGGGAGGUGAGGGCUCAGCAGUCAAGAGCUUAGAAGGUGAAGGGCGGCUGAUGGGCUUAAGCCACCAGGAGAAGAAUCACAUGGAAAUGUCUGCUCUUUGCUCCGGCAGCAGCACCCGCCCACUCACAGCCAAGGGCAGUAAGUUAAAUUGUGCUCAGGAUGUGUUAGGAGAAGAAGAAGAAGAAGAAGAAAGAGAACAGGAUGUGGUGGCAAAGAGUGGGGAGAAGCAGGAAAACCACCUCAAUUUAGACAGAAGUCCAACUUGUGAAACAAGUAUGUAAGUAAAGAAGUCAAAAAGAUGGCGGUUUGAUGGUGCUAUCCAGGCCACGCAGUUCAGUCUGCGACAAAAACAGUGCUACACGGAGGCUGUUCCUUUCAAGAGUGCCACUCCCUGUAGUUAAGAUGCACUAUUGUCCAUCUUUGCUUAAACAUGUUUUGAAUGAAGGGCUUCAGCGGCACAGAUGAUUUUUUUUUCUAAUAUAAGAGCUCAAUCUGAGCAGAACUGAAGCCUUUUGUGAAUGACAGCAUAUGAAAAAGUGUUUGCCCAGGAUUUUUGUAUGGACUUGAGUAAAAGUAUCACGUGUUGUACUUUGAAAGUACAGAGAGAUAUGCUUUUGCUCAUUUAAACUGUCUGUCCACCUUAUGUCAGCGUGGAAUAGAGGUCAAAUGGAGGAGGCAUCUGGCCAUGAUGUGUGUUAUGUAAGCAAGCAAUCGAGGGUUUGUACAGAGUGUGAACUAUUGGUCUCCAUGAGACUUUCCUAAACCAGAGUCACAGUGAAAAGCUGAAAUCUGAGUGUGGGCACAAUCAUUUGACUUAUCUGGGGCAAGAAGCACAGUCCAUCUAAGAUGUGGCAAAGGACAAGGCUGAAUAUAUCAAAACCUCGUGUUGAUAAACACUCAAGUAGAAACAGAACUGUGAACCAGUCUGCAUCCAAAUAGAAGAUUCAGUGCAGUUCCUCCACACACAUACUGGUGUGUGUGAGUGUGUGUGCAUGUGGGCAUGUUUUACCAUACUUGUGAGUACCAAGUCUUGACAAGCCACCUUCUUGUUGGGACAUUUUGCUUUGUGAGGACAUUUUGGCCUGUCCUCACAAGGUUUAGAGGGUUAAAAGGUCAGUAAAAGUAGUCCAUUAAGUUUGGUUCAGAGUCCUGGUCAAGGUUAGCCAUUUGUCAUGGAUGGUUAAGUUAAGGGUGAGAGGCUGGGGAAAGAAUUAUGGCAAUGAAAGGUCCUCGCAAAUAUAGCAAAACAAAUGUGCAUGUGCGUGUGCGUGUGUGUGUUCAUUUGUAAGUAUCUUUUGGUGCCUACUCAGCACCCAGUUUGUGUUAAAGAAUAUUUUCUCACAUCUUGAGAGACAGAGUCCAAACUGAGUCUAUCCUUCGGCAUUGACCCUUCACAGAGAAGGCAAAACAGAUAGUUUGAUGAGAAGAGUGUUAUUUGCAUUGAUGUCAAUCUCAGACUAAUGUAUAAAUAUAAAUAUAAAUAUCGGUGCCUUUUCAUAAAUAAUGUAUUUAUGAGAAGGUUGUGGCAAUUGUAUUAACUUGUAAAAUACAAUAUGUAUAUUUUUUUCUUUUGUUAUUUUUGCUUGAUUCAAUGUUGGUUUGAAUGUCAUUUGGAUGGACCGAGAUGGAACUGAACCCACCAAAGAUUUGUGAACGUUGUGGUCAGGUAGUUUUGAGUUUUGUGCAGUGACCGGUGACUAUGCACAAACACUUUCAUUUCAUAUUUGCUCUCUUUUUUUCUGCAGUCAUUGUCUGUUGUUUCACUGUAUAAAAUGUCAUCCUUUCUUCAGCUUUCAUGAAGCUAUAUGACGUUUAGCCAGAUUUGUAGCUUGGAGAGGCUUAAAUGCUAGGAGAGGCUAGGGAUGUUUGGAAUGUUUCAAUAUGAAAGAAAAUAAAUGUGUCCAUAUGGCAAUAUUCUCGUCUGUGAGAGAUUUAUUGACAGGUGAAUGAUGUGAGGAUUUAUUUCCAUUCUGGAUGUACAAAAAAUAUAUGACAACUAUCUGUUUUCUGACAUAUGUAUAUGUCUAAUAUGUUGUUCAAUAUAACAGAUUAGCAAUAUUGUGAUUAUUUACAAGUGAUACCCAUUUUAAUUUCCAUGCCUUCAUGAAAUAUUGUCAACUUUCCAGUAUGACAAGUUCACAAGACUUCUUGAGAUCUAGUGAAAUUCAGAUGUUACAGCUAUGUCAGUCCAUACAGAGCAACUAGAAUGCUGUUACUCAGUGGAUAAUCUGUCCACCCACUGUACCUCAUGCAUUUGCAGAGGACUCUUGAAUUAUCACAUUAAAGAACCACAUUAAAAUGAGACAUGGAUGUGAGAGCGGAAUGUCACAUCCUCCUCUUCGGUUAAUGGAGGAGAUUUGUGAUAACAUUGCCAUGAGAUCACUUUCUUAUCUCUAUCAAAUCAAUUCAUACAUGUAUAAAUACGUAUUGCAGUCCUAUUUAUCAUUAAGACUUAAGUUUAUUUGGCUAGAUUGCACUGACACAUAGACACCAAAAAUAAAUGCAAAUCCAUGUAAUAAAAAAAUAUCUAUCUAUCUAUCUAUCUAUCU